AUGUUCCCCCAGGGGCGCCACCCGACGCCCCACCAGGCCCCGGGGCAGCCCUUCAAGUUCACCAUCCCUGAAUCGCUGGACCGCAUCAAGGAAGAGUUCCAGUUUCUGCAGGCUCAGUACCACAGUUUGAAGCUUGAGUGUGAGAAACUGGCCAGUGAGAAAACAGAGAUGCAGAGGCACUAUGUGAUGUACUACGAGAUGUCCUAUGGCCUCAACAUUGAGAUGCACAAACAGACGGAGAUUGCUAAAAGACUCAACACCAUCUGUGCACAAGUCAUUCCUUUCCUAUCACAGGAUCACCAGCAGCAGGUGGUUCAGGCCGUGGAGAGGGCAAAACAGGUGACCAUGGCCGAGCUCAAUGCAGUAAUUGGGGUACGCGGAUUGCCAGGCCUUCCUCCAACGCAGCACCUUUCCCAUAACCACGGUGGUGCCCCUGUCCCGCUGACGCCCCACCCAGCAGGCCUUCAUCCCUCUCAGCUCAGCGGCUCUGCAGGGCUCCUGGCUCUGUCCGGAGCCCUUGGAGGGGUCCCUCCCCACCUGAUGGGCAAAGAUGGCGCUGACAAGAAACCCCCUCACCUGGGCGGCCCCGACUCGCAUCCUGGCGGCCCGGAGCACUUACGAGACAGAGAGCCUGGCACAAGCAACUCGAUGCUUCCUGAAAGUCUACGAAACUCAGACAAGCGGCGAAAUGGACCAGAGUUCCCCAACGACACCAAAAAACGAAAGGUGGAAGACAAAGACUCCAGUCACUAUGAUAGUGAUGGGGACAAAAGUGAUGAUAACCUAGUCGUAGAUGUUUCAAAUGAGGACCCCGCCUCUCCUCGUGGUACACCCCUCCCCUCUCCGCGAGAGAAUGGCCUUGAUAAAGCUCGUCUAUUGAAGAAGGAUCCAUGCAGUCCUGCUUCCACAGCAUCAUCGGCGAGCUCCUCCUCCCUCAAGUCCAAAGAGAUUGCCAUGCGAGAGAAGGCAGGGACACCAGGACUGAAGUCCAGCACGCCCACUCCCAGAGGAGACUCUACCCCAGGACCAAGCACCACUCCUGGGAUCAGACCCAGCCUUGUCAAACCCCCUUCCAUGGAGCUCCCACAUCCACCUGGUGCGGGUUUGAGGACUCCCCUGGCUGUACCUGGCCCAUACCCUGGUGCAUUUGGGAUGCUGCCUCAUGCAGCUGGGAUGAACGGGGAGCUGGCUGGAGCUGCUGGAGCUGCUGCGUACGCUGCUGGACUCCACAACAUGUCCCCCCAGAUGAGUGCGGCUGCUGCGGCUGCUGUGGCUGCAUACGGACGCUCCCCCAUGGUGGGCUUUGAUCCCCAUUCACACAUGAGAGGGAUGCCCCCCAGUCUGACCGGGAUCCCCGGAGGAAAACCUGCUUACUCAUUCCAUGUGGCUGCAGAUGGACAGAUGCAACCAGUACCCUUCCCUCCAGACGCGUUAGUUGGCCCCGGCAUCCCUCGCCACGCUCGGCAGAUCAACACUCUGAACCACGGCGAGGUUGUGUGUGCGGUGACCAUCAGUAACCCCACUCGACACGUGUACACCGGAGGAAAGGGCUGCGUCAAAGUGUGGGACAUCAGCCACCCGGGCAACAAGAGCCCUGUGUCCCAACUCGACUGCCUGAAUCGUGACAACUAUAUCCGCUCCUGCCGCCUGCUCCCUGACGGCCGAACGCUGAUCGUUGGAGGUGAGGCGAGCACCUUGUCCAUAUGGGACCUGGCCACACCCACUCCUCGGAUAAAGGCAGAGCUUACCUCAUCUGCACCGGCGUGUUAUGCGUUGGCGAUUAGCCCCGACUCCAAAGUGUGUUUCUCUUGCUGCAGCGACGGUAACAUUGCUGUGUGGGACCUCCACAACCAGACACUGGUCAGGCAGUUCCAGGGCCACACAGACGGGGCCAGCUGCAUCGACAUCUCCAACGACGGGACCAAACUGUGGACGGGAGGUUUGGACAACACUGUGCGCUCCUGGGACCUAAGAGAGGGCAGACAGCUUCAGCAGCAUGACUUUACCUCACAGAUCUUCUCGCUGGGCUACUGUCCCACAGGAGAGUGGCUGGCUGUGGGGAUGGAGAGCAGCAACGUGGAGGUUCUUCAUGUCACAAAACCAGACAAGUACCAGCUGCACCUGCACGAGAGCUGUGUCCUGUCCCUGCAGUUUGCCUACUGUGGUAAAUGGUUUGUGAGCACAGGGAAAGACAACCUACUGAAUGCAUGGAGAACACCCUAUGGCGCCAGCAUAUUCCAGUCUAAGGAGUCGUCGUCGGUGCUGAGCUGUGACAUAUCUGUGGACGAUAAGUACAUAGUCACCGGCUCAGGAGACAAGAAGGCCACUGUCUAUGAAGUCAUCUACUAA